ACCUUGCUAGUUGUUAGCACGUCGGCUAACGCGGCUACAGACGACGUUAAAUUCAACAGAGCUCGACACUCGGCGAAAUAAAGCAAAUGGAUUUACGCUCAGUUCCCACGUGACUCCAGAGAACCCCCCGGGGACCCCGCGGACCGUCUGCGCCAUCCACCUUCUCAGCUCGCGUUAGCUGCGCAACGGGCUAAGCUGACUGUAGCCAGUCAAAUUAGCUGUAUGCUAGUUUUCCAUUGCCUCGAAUGCCUCAAUGAAUGGGGGUGGAUGCAGUGAGUGAAGACAUCAGUCAACAAUGUACGCCUGCUGCUGCUAGCUUCCUCCCUGUGGUCCCCAGCUAUCAGGUGCCCCGAGAACAGUGGACUUUAUCCGGGCAAACCUGACAACUAGCGUCGUUGCGAGAGCCAGCGCACACGGACAGCUCACAACACUUCGCCCUGUGGAGUACAAGUUUGUUGGAAACGCAUCAUCGCGAAGAAAUCGUGCAUUGCCCAGGUACACAGACCUAGCCAUAGCCGCGUUAGCUUGCGUAACAUAGUAUCACCAGCCAGUGACUGGAAGAGCCCGUGUGUGUUUGUGUUUACAAAGUUAGUUUCUCGUUGUUUUUGGAGGUGCCCGGAUCGAGUCUGCCACAGACUUGAUUUAUGUGGAGCUGUCAUCCGUGAGGCGAGAUGAUCGCGUCUCGGACUGACCCUGCCCUCCGUCCCAGGUAGGGGAGUGGUGGCGGUGGAGACUCCCCGGCCCGGCCUGUUGUGGCCCUCCGUUUACAGAUCAUGGGAAAGGACUAGUCAGAGGAAUUAGCUGUUUUAUUAAUGCAUCCGCUGUCAAAGCACCAGACGAUGACUUGCAAUCGAUCCUUGAUUGGUCAGUGAUUGGCUGUUUAUGGGAUUUUAGAGGAUCACGAUGGACACGGAGGAAGUUCCCCAAGAAGAAAAUCAUUGGAAGUGAUGACCAUGGGCUGUUGAGCUCUACUCGGUGCAUUUUUCUCUCAUAUUAUCCUGAAAGACUGUUUCACUGGAAACUGCUCCAACAUGUCUGCCUUUGCGGAGUUCGUCCCUCCGCCCGAAUGCCCGGUUUUCGAGCCCAGUUGGGAGGAUUUCUCGGACCCUUUAGGAUUCAUCAACAAGAUCCGACCCAUUGCCGAGAAAACGGGCAUCUGCAAGAUCCGACCCCCAGAGGACUGGCAGCCUCCAUUUGCCUGUGACGUACGCAACUUUCGCUUCACUCCCAGAGUGCAGCGGCUGAACGAGCUCGAGGCGCUCACUCGGGUCAAGCUCAACUUUCUGGAUCAAAUCGCAAAGUUCUGGGAGCUGCAGGGAUCCAAGAUUCGAUUCCCUCAUGUGGAGAGAAAGACGUUGGACCUCUAUCAGCUUAGCAAGAUUGUGUCGACUGAGGGUGGCUUUGAGACGGUGUGUAAAGAGAAGAGGUGGUCCAAGGUGGCAAGCCGAAUGGGGUUUCCAUCUGGGAAAGGCGCCGGCUCAUUGCUGCGCUCCCACUAUGAGAGGAUUCUUUACCCCUACGAGCUCUUUCAGUCUGGAGCCACGCUUACUGGCAUCCAGAGGUUGUAUGAUGAGGGCGAUGAUGGGGAGGACGUAGAUGAGGGAGUUGGCGACGAGGCGGUGGAGGAAGAGGAGCAAGAUGAGGAGGAGGAGGAGGAAGAGGAGGAGGAUAAAGGAGGGGAGGGUGACGCUACGCAAACCAAAGAUCAGCUUCUGCCUGAGAGGCGGUCCAGGCGCCUUAAGUCGGAGAGAGAAAACAAGGAGCCAAAAGGCCUGAAAAUCUUCGGCACAAGUCCCAAGAUGGUGGGCUUGGAGAUCGUGUCAGCUGACGACGGAUUCAACAAGAAGCAGCGUCACUUAAAAGCCCAGGCCUUUGCCAUCAAAAUGAGACCUCGCAAGGAGACGCUGGAGGUCAACUUUAUCGACCUCUACCUCUGCCUUGUGUGCGGCCGCGGCGACGAGGAGGACCGGCUCCUGCUGUGUGACGGCUGUGACGACAGCUACCACACCUUCUGUCUGAUCCCGCCUCUGCAGGACGUGCCCAAGGGGGACUGGCGCUGCCCUAAGUGUGUUGCCGAGGAGUGCAGUAAGCCCAGGGAAGCGUUUGGCUUCGAGCAGGCUGUAAGAGAGUACACUCUGCAGAGCUUCGGAGAGAUGGCUGACCACUUCAAGUCGGACUAUUUCAACAUGCCCGUACACAUGGUUCCCACGGAGCUGGUGGAGAAGGAGUUCUGGCGCCUGGUCAGCAGCCUCGAGGAAGAUGUCAUCGUGGAGUACGGCGCUGACAUCAGCUCCAAAGAGGUGGGCAGCGGUUUUCCUCUCAGGGACGGCAAGAGGAGGCUGUUGGGCGACGAAGAGGAGUAUGCCAACUCGGGCUGGAACCUGAACAACAUGCCGGUGCUGGAGCAGUCAGUGCUCACCCACAUCAAUGUGGACAUCUCAGGCAUGAAGGUACCCUGGCUUUACGUGGGCAUGUGUUUCUCCUCGUUCUGUUGGCACAUCGAGGACCACUGGAGUUACUCCAUCAACUUCUUGCACUGGGGAGAGCCGAAGACGUGGUACGGCGUGCCAGCCUCUGCAGCAGAGCAGCUGGAGGCCGUGAUGAAGAAGUUGGCUCCAGAGCUGUUUGACUCGCAGCCAGACCUCCUCCAUCAGUUGGUCACCAUCAUGAAUCCCAACGUCCUCAUGGAGCACGGCGUCCCUGUGUACAGGACCAAUCAGUGUGCAGGGGAGUUUGUGGUGACCUUCCCCAGAGCCUACCACAGCGGCUUCAACCAGGGCUACAACUUCGCUGAGGCUGUAAACUUCUGCACUGCUGACUGGUUGCCUAUGGGUCGUCAGUGUGUGGCCCACUACAGGCGACUCCACCGCUACUGCGUCUUCUCACACGAGGAGCUGCUGUGCAAGAUGGCUGCAGAUCCAGAGAGCCUUGACGUGGAACUGGCUGCUUCUGUCUUCAAGGAAAUGGGAGAUAUGAUGGUGGAGGAGACAAAGCUCCGACACGCCAUACGAGAAAUGGGGGUGCUCUCCUCAGAACAAGAGGUUUUUGAACUGGUGCCCGAUGAUGAGCGCCAGUGCUACAAGUGUAAAACAACCUGUUUUCUGUCCGCGCUGACUUGCACCUGCAGCCCCGACCGUCUGGUUUGUCUUCACCACGCAGAAGAUCUGUGCGACUGUCCGCUCGGCAACAAGUGUCUCCGGUAUCGCUACGAUCUGGAGGAGUUUCCGUCCAUGCUUUAUGGGGUGAAGACACGGGCUCAGUCCUAUGAAACGUGGGCAAAGAGGGUCACAGAGGCCCUGGCUGCAGACCAGAAGAACAAGAAAGAUCUUAUUGAGCUCAAAGUUUUGCUGGAGGACGCCGAGGACAGAAAGUAUCCAGAGAACAGUCUUUAUCGACGCCUCAGGGAGAUGGUCAAAGAGGCGGAGACGUGCUCCUCUGUAGCUCAGCUGCUGCUCAGCCGAAAGCAGAGACACAGCGGUCGUCUGCGUUCCGAGAACACUCGCAACCGCACCAAACUGACGGUGGACGAGCUCAAGGCUUUUGUGGAUCAGCUCUUCCGGCUGCCCUGCAUCAUCAGCCAGGCCCGACAAGUCAAAGAGUUACUGGAAAAUGUGGAGGACUUCCAUGAGCGAGCACAGGCGGCGCUGUCGGACGAGAUGCCUGACUCCUCAAAGCUGCAGGUGCUGUUGGAUCUGGGCAGCGGGCUGGACGUUGAGCUGCCUGAGCUUCCGAGGCUCAAACAGGAGCUCCAGCAGGCCCGCUGGCUUGAUGAGGUUCGCGUCACCCUGGCCGAGCCCCACCGGGUCACCCUGGAGCUGAUGAAGAGACUGAUAGACUCUGGGGUGGGUCUGGCUCCGCACCACGCGGUGGAGAAGGCCAUGGCCGAGCUACAAGAGAUCCUGACUGUCUCAGAGAGAUGGGAGGAUAAGGCUCGUGGCUGCCUUCAGGCUAGGCCUCGACACAGCUUGGUGACCUUGGAGAGCAUUGUGCUGGAAGCUCGUAACAUCCCAGCAUAUCUGCCAAAUAUUUUGGCCCUCCGAGAGGCCCUACAGAAGGCAAAGGAGUGGACCUCCAAGGUGGAGGCCAUCCAGAGCGGCAGCAGCUACGCUUACCUGGAGCAGCUGGAGAGUUUGCUGGCCAGGGGUCGCUCCAUCCCUGUCCGGUUAGAUCCGCUCACCCAGGUGGAGUCUCAGGUAGCGGCAGCCAGAUCCUGGAGAGAGAGAACUGGUCGCACCUUCCUCAAGAAGAACUCCACGUACACGCUGCACCAGGUUCUCAGUCCUCGCGUGGACAUCGGGGUGUACGGUAAUAGCAAAAGCAAGCGGAAGCGUGUCAAGGAGCUCAUGGAGAAGGAGAGAGGCGCCUUUGACCCUGACGCACUCAGCGACCUCGAGGAAAGCCUGGAGGAGGUACGAGAACCUUCCACUGUCGUCGCAGCCUUCAAAUCCAAAGAGCAGAAAGAAGUGGAGGCCAUCCACUCACUCCGAGCUGCCAACCUUGCCAAGAUGGCCAUGGCCGACCGCAUCGAGGAGGUAAAGUUCUGCCUGUGUCGAAAGACGGCCAGCGGCUUCAUGUUGCAGUGCGAGCUUUGUAAGGACUGGUUCCACGGAGCAUGCGUGCCUCUGCCUAAGACGGGAACCCAGAAGAAAGUGGGCGUGGGCUGGCAGAGCAACAGCAAAGACUCUAAAUUCCUGUGUCCGCUGUGUCAGCGGUCCAGGAGGCCGAGACUAGAGACAAUUCUGUCGCUGCUGGUGUCGCUGCAGAAGCUGCCGGUGCGUCUGCCAGAAGGAGAGGCUCUCCAGUGUUUGACCGAGAGGGCAAUGAGCUGGCAGGACCAAGCGCGUCAAUCUCUCGCCACUGAGGAGUUGUCCUCGGCCCUGGCGAAACUGUCUGUGCUGAGUCAGCGGAUGGUGGAGCAAGCUGCAAGAGAGAAAACCGAGAAAAUCAUCAACGCUGAGCUUCAGAAAGCUGCUGCCAACCCUGACUUACAGGGCCACAUCCAGACUUUCCAGCAGUCGGGUUUCAGCAGAGCCACGUCACCUCGUCAGUCUCUGGACUACGAUGACGAGGAGACGGACUCAGACGAGGACAUACGGGAGACCUACGGUUACGAUAUGAAGGACCCAGGUGAGGUCAAGCCCUACCUGUUCUGUGACGAGGAGAUUCCCGUCAAGUCCGAGGAGGUGGUCAGUCACAUGUGGCCGGCUGCCACGCCCUCCUUCUGUGCCGAGCAUGCCUACUCCUCCGCCUCCAAGUCCUGUGUGCAAAACAUAAGUACACCAAGAAAGCAGCCCCGGAAGACCCCUCUCAUCCCUCGCAGCCUGGAGCCGCCGGUGCUGGAGCUGUCCCCGCAGGCGAAGGCCCAGCUGGAGGAGCUGAUGAUGCUGGGAGACCUGCUGGAGGUGUCCCUGGAUGAGACCCAGCACAUCUGGAGGAUCCUGCAGGCCACGCACCCCCCCUCUGAGGAGAGAUUCCUGCAGGUCAUGGAGCCCGACGAUUCUCUGAUGGACAAGCCCCUGAAGCUCAAGCUCAAAGAUGCCGAGAAGAAGAGGAAACGGAAGCUGGAAAGAGCCGAGCACCACCACAUGCUGAUGGCCGCCGCAGCCGUGGGCGGGGGCCAGGUGAUGGGAGAGAUGCGACCGGCCAAGUCCAAGGAGCUGAAAAGGGUCGGCCUGGAGCUCGGCCUGGGCGGGAAACCCAAGAAAAAGAAAAUAAAGCUCAACAUGGACAAAAACCGAGAGAUGAAGCAGCUCGCCAAACGGUUAGUCAAGGAGGAGAAGGAGAGGAAGAGGAAGGAGAAGGCGGCUGCCAAGGCAGAGGCCGUCAGAGAGGGCCUGGAGAAGAGGAAGGAGAAGAAGAUCCUGGACAUUCCCUCCAAGUACGACUGGUCCGGAGCUGAGGACUCCAAUGAUGAGAACGCUGUGUGUGCAGCUAAGAACUGCCAGAGACCCUGUAAAGAUAAGGUGGACUGGGUGCAGUGCGACGGCGGCUGCGACGAGUGGUUCCACCAGGUGUGCGUGGGCGUGACGUGCGAGAUGGCUGAGAACGAGGACUACAUCUGCGUGGACUGCCCGCGCAAGGCCACCGGGGCGACCGUGGGCAUGACCGUGGAGGAGGUGGCGGAGGAGAGCGUGGUGGUGCUGGCGACAUCGAUUCAGAGUCUGCCCUCGUCCGUCGUGGCCUCGUGGACUCACGUGGCCACGGCCUCUCAUCUAAUCCCAACGACGUCCCACCAGCAGCUCCACCACCAGCAGCAGCAGCCAGAGCCUCAGCAAGGCAGUUAGCCUAGGACUGACUUUGAAGACUGUACCUCACACACACAACGAGUUUAAUACAAAACUGGAAUCAGGCGAGCAUUACAACCCAUCAACCUAUAAGACUGUACAGCUGCUGAUUUGGAGAAUAACCCCGUGUGAAGAAGAGGAGGGCCACACUCAGGGUGUCUCUGUGACUGCAUCGAUUACAGGGCACAAGAUAAAAAGACAACAUGCAUCUGGGAGAAUCCCGCUCUGACUGUGAGACCGCAGCAACGACAUUUUCUCUCUGAACUAGUCGGUUGUGCUGCAGAGGUUGUUAAUGGACAGACGACACUAAGUCCUCCUGCAGCCGUUUCACCUCUAGAAACGCCCACCAGCUAUUUCCCCCAGUUCCCCCCCAGAAUAACAAAUCACUUAACGUCCAGUCCAACAAACCCCAGCUGUUGUGUUCAGUGCAAACUGGCAAAUAAACAAACAUGUUCCCAUCGGUCGUGUUGUACUGGAAACCCUGAACCGCUCCUCUCGCUCCUCUGCCUGGCCCUUCAGAUGGUUACUUCUCAAUAUGUAGGAUGUCAGACUAGGAAAAAAGCAAAUGGUUGUAAUGUAGUGGAAUUAUUUAUAAUGUACAUAGCUUUUAAGCAUUUAAACAAAUGGAUUGUGGCUUUUUGUUUUCUCACCUUUAAUAAACUAUUCCUAGUCAAAUAA